UUUACAAAUAUGUUUAAAAAGGACGACACUCGAACCCUGGGUUCGCUUGAAAAAUCCAAGGAUAGGACAUUCAAAAAGGAAGAUUUUAUUGAAACUGAGUUAAAACAGUUGGAAAAUGACUCAGCAGCGGUGCUGAACAGUAUUGGAGGUUUAUAUCAGACAAUGAAAUCAUCAAAGUCAUAUUUUAAGAAUCCUAAUUCAUCCACAUUCUCUUCAGCUUCCCCUUAUUACUACUCAAAGAUGGGUUCUGGCGGGUUUAUGGACUCAUCUAAGGGAAGAUCUGGUUUCACCUCGAAUAAAUCGCAAGCAGAGCUACCCUCAUUUUCAUUAGAAACAACUUUCAAGAGAGACCUGGGGCAACUUAAGGAGUUUUUGACUAAAAAUAUCCAGAAUAGGAACCAAGGACGCCAAACCAGAAUAAGAAUGGGUAAUGGGAGAAAAUUACUAGCCUCUGAGAAAUUCAACCAUGGGCUUAUUGAGAACCAACUCAUGAAUUUAAAGCAAGAUCUCAAUAUCGGCGCCAAAACUGAAUCAAGAAAGAUCUACCGUGUUAAGAGAGACCGCAGGCUACAGGAGCCGACUGAUAAUGAAUUCAAUGACUUAGUCGAGAAAGUCAAGAAGAGAGGCACUCAGUACGAGCUUAACUAUAUUGGCAGGGAGGACAAGAGAGUCUCUGAAAAAUAAGAUGUAUCUCGAUAUUUGCGCUAAAAUCCAAGACGAAUUCCGUAUUUUAGAAGGAAAACACCAGAUGAACUAUGACUCUUACCAAACUGAUAAGGCCAAGACCUCCUCUAGAAUGGAGGUAGAUGUACCUAGAGAUUUAAGAGGAGAGGAAAUAAAGACUAGUUUUAGAAAUGAAUAUGACGCUCUGCCAAUCACCAAACACGAUUCCAACACAAAGGCACUACUUGAAGGAUACUUCAGAGGAGUACAGAGGUUCCUUGAGGAUGCUAACUUUGAUAAAAAGUUAGACAUCAAAAUGAUGAACGAAUUUUACGAGUUUGAAAAGAACUACCAAAACUCAGAGGAUAGCUUUGAAACUAUCUGGGCUAUCCUCCUCACAGUGUUUGAGGACAUAGAUUACCUGACAAUCAAGUCUCUUAGGGAUAACCCAACCGAACUCGAGCGAAGGAUGUGCAACAAUACUUGUAAUUGGUUCGAAAAAGAAUUCUCAGAAAGCUUAGCAUUUGAUGACCUUAUUGAGCAGUAUGCCCAACCGAUAGAAGAUGGGGGUUUUAAAGUUACAGAUGAACUUAUUAAUGCAGUCAUUGAUGGGAUAGUCGAUUUCAUGAAAGAUCAUCAAUAUGAGUCUGAAGAUACAACAGUAGAACUAGAAGACGGCACAAUCCCAAUCUUUGCCAUCCUUUAUUUCUGUAUUAGAGCUGGACAAAGAAGAAUAGCAGCUAAUAUUGCCAUGAAGUCAGGUAUUUUUGAAGUCAAAGUUAUCCUAACUUUAUUGAGAGUAGAAGAGAACUUCUUUGAUGAUGAAUUUGAAGAUCUUGAUGAGGUCUCUGAUUUUGUGAAGCUUCAUAACACUGCUUUACAGUGUCUGACUAAAUUAUUAAGACGUCAGACUGAAGAAAGCGUAGAUGGAACUGUAGUAUACAAGAAAGACAUCUUUAAAGAGGCUUUACUGAAUCUUUUUACAAAGCAGACAACUGCUUCACAUGCCUUGCUUAACACUAAUCUAUCCGAUUAUCUCUGGUACAACUUGAGGAAAUGUCAUUUCGAGGAUCCAGCAACUAAAUUUAGAUCAAAGAAUGUAAACACACUAACCUUAAAGACAUUACAAUCCACGAUCCUGGAAUAUGGGGAAGGUUACUUCAAUGCAGAUGGUUCAAACCCUCUUAAUUUCUACAAGGUUCUCAUCUUGGUCGGCCUAUUCGAAGAAGCUGUGAAGUAUCUGGACACCAUAGAAGCUCAUAGAAUUGAGAACACCCAUGUUGCCAUCUGCCUCAACGAGAUUGACAUCCUUCCAACCCCUGAAGAAGACGAAGAAAUGGAGAUAGAUUCCUCUAAAUACGCCACUAAGAAGAAGAGAAAACUCUGCUUGUUCACUAAAGUUAUGAAGAACUUUAUCAAUUUCACUGGAGUUGAUUACUUCAGCCAGAACUUGAUCUACAUCUCUCUGAUAGAAGGCCCAGACAAGAUCUCUAUUUACUCAGAUAUCUUUGUGAAGCACAACAAAUUCUCCAUUCUUUUAGAGACAGAUGAGAAGACAGGGCUUGAUCUGAUCAAGAAGAAGAACCUCCCACUCUCAGUGUUUGUGGUGAAGGAUACCCUGAUCAAGAUCAUUCACAAGGUGUGUAAGAAAAUCUCUAGGAUUAACGAUGAUCCUCAUAUUCUUAUUCUACUCCAGAACAAGAUUGGAAAUGACGGAGAGGUAGUCAACCUCAUCUCUAAGUACCAAAACCGCCAGAUAGAUACACACAAAGAGCUGAUAAUUGAGGGGGCUGGCAAGAGUUACUACUCUACUGCAGCUCUUCUCACCAAGGGUUCUAGAGUUAUAGAAAGAGCCUUCAAGAAGUAUGCUAAGAUUAUUGAGAAAAUCAAGAAGAAAUCUAUUAAAUCAUUUGAGCAUAGGGAGUACAUGCAAAGAUUGGAGGAUCUGGACCUCCUAGUAGAGAUCAUCAAUUUUUCACUAGACGAGAAGUAUGACAAAGCUUUUGGGUUGAUGAAGAAAGCUUCUUUCUUACCUCUCAACGAAUCUAUUGAACCUGAGUUUAACAGGCUUCAGCCAGAGAUCUUGUAUUCUCUGCCAGAAGUUAUUUUGCUCGCCUUAGUAAUAAUUGAUUACAAAAUUAAGGAUAAAAAGGACAGAAGUAUGACUGGAAUAAUGCCUUCUUUCAACUCAACUGAGGAAGCAGAGACUAAAAUAUUGAGAGCUCAGAACUUAAGUUUGAAGGCCUAUUUCCUCAAAAUUCAAAAGAUUCUCCUCGUUCAGAUGAAUGAGAGUUCUGCUUCGAAUACUCAAAGACUUGCCCACUUGGACACUAUAUCCUCAAAAAUCCAUACUUACUAAAAAAUUCCAAACUUUAGU